AUGACUGACCAAGCUGCACCGGAAGUUCAAGCUGCUUCUAAACCAAAGCUCCUUCGCUCGGCUACUGCUGUCAAACACACCCUUUAUCUCAUCCUUGCUUUUUUCUCAUUCUUAUUAUUCAUCAUCUCAUGUGUGGUCGUCCCAUUCGAGCGAGAUCAAUAUGGCGGCUACAAUCCACCCGCAGCUGCACUAGCUUUCACCGGUGGUGUGGGAGCCUUUUUCUUGCCUCUUUUUGUGUGGUCACAGAGGGUCCGGCCUGAUUUCUUCACCAAUACCUUGAUAGCUGAUCUGGGAUUCUUGGCUUUCAUGUGGUUCUUUCUACUAGGUGGCGUGGGUGCACUCACGGCACAGACCUACGACCUACUAGCCUGUCAAGAUCUUUUCAUCUGUCGCGGAUUCAGCGCGAUGAUGGCAUUCUCUUGGAUAUCAUGGAUCAUCACAACUGUUAUGAUUGGAUACAUCUGCGUCAUCAUGGGUUCGCUCUGGUCUCGCGAGCAAAAGAUUGAAUGGACCAAACCACUCAAGGAGGUGAUGAAGGCCGAAAAGGCCAAAAAUGUUGACAAAAUGGCAGAAAAGGAAGCCACAGUCUGA